AUGCCGAAGCCGUGCGAAGCGUGUCAAUCGAGCGCGGCUUUAAUCUUUUGCAGAGCCGACUCGGCGUACCUUUGUCUGGCGUGCGACGGCAAGGUGCAUGGCGCGAACAAGCUCGCCUCUCGCCACGAGCGCGUGUGGGUCUGCGAAGUCUGCGAAAUGUCACCGGCCGCGGUAACCUGCAAAGCCGACGCUGCGGCUCUUUGUGCAACGUGCGACGCUGACAUUCACGAGGCGAACCCACUCGCGAAUCGCCACGAGCGCGUUCCGGUCGUCCCGUUCUACGAGUGCCCUUCGUCCAUCAAAAGCUGUAAACCGGCCUGCGUCCAGCCCGCCGCGUUUCUUGGCGCAAAUGCCGCCGCAGAGUUCGCGUCGCCUUCUGAGGAGCAAGAGGAGCUAAUCUCGAGACAAGGACAAGCGCUGCCGCAAUCAACGGCGGCAAACGCGGCCGUCUCGAGGAAAGGAGUGGAGAAGGAGGUAGAGGAAGAGGAAGACGAGGAAGCGGAAGAGGAGACGCCGAGCACCGAGGCGGGUGGUCGAAACGCUAAUUGGCUCUACCCCCUCCAUUCCCACCUCUACCCUCACCACUCAGCCGCGUCUGCUGCACCGCGAAUGCUCCCGCCGCACAUGCCGCUGCACAUGCCGCCGUUUAUGGCUCCGUAUAUGGCGCAGCAUAUGCAAAUGGCCGGCACUGUGCCUCCGCGGCCGAUGGUACCGUCGCCUUACUUCCCCUACGCGCACCUCCCACCGCACAUGCCGUCGCAAAUGCCGCUGCACAUGCCACCGCACAUGUCGCCGCACAUGCCGCCGCAUUAUCCGGCCUCGCCGCACGUCCCCUCCACGCUUCCCCUCCUCCACCGUCCGGCACACGCGGCGCAACAUCCCGCUACUAAAUAUCCCAAAACGGAGGCUGCUGACGUGUCAGAUCUCCUGUUUGACGUGGAUCCGUUCCUCGAUCUCGAGCAGUACGGCGGUGGCGACCGCAGCGUGACGCCCGUCGACGCGAAACUAGCCUCAGCGAAACCGCCGGCGCAAUCCGCGGUGCCUAAGAAGGCCAUUGAAGAGAGCAUGGUGGUGCCGGUGCAAUCCCAAGACGAAGGCGCCUCGGCCGUGGCUGCCGACACGCACCUCGUUCCUAGCAGCAGACAGGCCGCCGACUCCGCCGCGACCGCCGCCGCGUUUGACGUCAGCGCUACGUCGUCAUCACGCGCGGGUCACCCCGCUUCGGAAAGCCCCGUCGUGCUGCGCGCCUCCUCGUCUCUCCCCUCCGCGUCGUCACUCCCCUCCGCUUCCCCGCUCCCCCCCGCCUCCCCCUUCUCCCCCUCGACCUUCUCUUGCCCGGGCCCUCUCCACCCGCUUGCGCGCGAGGCGCGCGUGAUGCGGUACCGCGAAAAGCGCAAGGCGCGGCGGUUCGAGAAGACAAUCCGCUACGCGUCGCGGAAGGCGUACGCGGAAAGCCGCCCGCGUGUGAAAGGGAGAUUCGCAAAGCGCACGGAGAUGGAGGAGGGCGGCGCGGGCUCUCCUGCCUUCGAGGCAGCAGUCAACGCGGUCAACGGGGUCAACGGAGCAGAUGCGUGCGGGAGCUUUGAGGGCGCGGAAGGAGAGCAGUUUAAAAUCGAGGAGGGGGUGGCGUGCGAUCUUGAUUUUGCGCUCGCUGACGCUCCCUUCACCAUGAUCCCCGCUUUCCUUUGA